AUGGCGUUCUCCGCCAAAUUCUCGCUCCUGCAGCUGUGCGUUGGCUCAAAGCUCGAAGAGAAACCCAGGUUCUCGGCGCUCGGCAGCCGCUGGGGUGCCGCCGGUGUGGUCAGAGUCCGGUGUGCGACGAAGCGGAGGGGGAAGCGACGGUACCCGUCGGAGAAGAAGGAACUGGAGAGGAGGAACAAGGGGCUGGUCCCAAAUGAAAUAGAGAAUAGGGAGGAAGGAUUCUGGAGGUUGUACAAGCUCAGCGUCCCCGCGCAUAAGGACCCCGGGAAGGACUUCGUCGGUGUGUCACUCCCCUUGCUCGAAGCCAUAGCCAAAGUUCUCAAGUUCCCGGUAAGCUUCCCUGCCUUCUCUCAUUUGUUGAUAUGGAAUGGGAAAAAAUAAAGGAAUAAAUCCUUUAUUGGGGUGUCAGUGCUUGGUGUACCAGUAUCCCGCGUCAUAGUGGCUCCGUGGUCCGCAUGAGGUUCUGCUUGAGUGUGGUACUGCGAUUAGAUAUUAAAUGUCACCAUGUCCAUACUCCAAUGAUGUCCGGGAUUUUGUUCUUUGGAGCUUGUUGAUUUGUUACCUUCAGUAUCUUGCUCACGCGGAUGAUUUUCUUUCGUGAAAAAAGCACUGAAUGAUGACGUUUAUCAUCACUAAUCAUGUUUCUUCUGUCAUUAUUUAGUUUUAAAAUUCUAAUGGAAGAAAGAGCAAUUCUGUUUCAUUCAUGUCUGUGAUCGAAGUUUAAUUGUCCUCUUUCUGCUGUUCUACUCAUUGACUUCAUCCAUGUGAAUAAAUAAGAUAUCUACUGUCUUCCUCUGCUAUCAUUUUCAGUUGAUUCCUCCACUUUUCCAUAUCUCAUGUCCUCAUUGUUCGUCUUUUAUCACGAAAUAAAUGGUUAUUUCCUGGUUACAUAUCAACUGUUUUGAUGUAUUUUAUACCCUUGUUGUAGGUUGCUUCUAUGCUACCUCAGGAUGCCUUUACUGUCCUUCGGAAAUCCUUUGACGCUAGAAAGGUGAGCUGAUCAGUUUAUAUAUACGCGAAUUGUUUAUGUACUUCGCACACGAGAUCUUUCUAGAUUAACAUGACUGUGUACACAAACUUUGAUCCCUAAUUCUUGGAGGGGGUGUCUUCCUCUGUUCUUCCUAUGCCAGGAGGGACAUUCCAAUGAGAUUCUUCAGCUUACAAGAUAUUCUAUCAAAGUAGGAUGACUGGCUUUAUUGAUCAUUCUUCACAUCACAUCUCAUAUCCUUACCUGUGUAUCACAACCGCAAUGAAAGGGCUGAGGCUGAAGAAAAUAUUUUACAAGUUAUUUAUAGUUGUCGAUUCUGCUUUCAUUUUGGAAUUUUUCGCCUCUAGUUUAUUUCCUUGAAGUAAACCUGAAACCACAAAAGCAUGGGGAUGCUGCAACAAAGGACAUUAUUUGCUUUUUAUACCGAUAGAAAAGGAAAUUUAUGUGAAAAAUUCACGAGCAAAGCUUUUGCGUAUUUUCAACUAAAAUUUCUUCCUUUUUGAGCUUCACGGCUUUUCUUAAAAUGAUGGUUCUUUUCACUGACUCUGCCGAGCUCUGUUAAGAUAAAUUUUCGUCUACCAAUCUCAUUAGCAUUUUUAUAGAUUCUUUUUUUUUAUUACUUCUGAAGAUAUCAAUGGAUAAAGGAAAUUUAGAUUAAAGAGGCAUGUUUUCUAAUUUAGUUCCAAGAGGCACUCUACUAACCAAGCCUGGAUCAACUAUUUCGAACUACCUUUUUAACUUGUAUUUUCUAUGUUCCUGCAGUUGCUGAAGGAACCUGUAUUUGUUUAUACUGUGGAGAUGGAUGUCAAGGUGCUUCUCAAUUUGGAACCUCGCGCUUGGGAUUUCAUAUCUCGGUUGGAACCUAAAAUUGGGCUUGUAGAGUACUUAACUCAUAAGCAAGAGUCUGAAGGUCUGGUUAAUAUCAUACAUGGUCUUAGAGGAGAUGCCUCUGUGGCAGACUCGGAGGACAGGGAUGAUAUUUUCUUGAAACAAGUUAACAAGUUGCAUAGUUCUAAAAGACCAAAAGUUGCAGUCAUUGGCAGUGGGCCAGCAGGGCUAUUUGCAUCUCUUGUUCUUGCAGAAUUUGGUGCGGAAGUGACCUUGAUAGAAAGGGGUCAAGCAGUUGAACAGAGAGGGCGUGAUAUUGGAGCAUUGGUGGUUCGACGAAUUUUGCAGUCAGAGAGUAAUUUUUGUUUUGGGGAGGUUCGCUAUAACCAUCCCCUUUUUUCUUUCAUCUCUUUUAUUUUUUCAAAGAUAUCUCAAUUUUUUCAACUGCCAUCAUGGACAUAAGUCGUUGAGGAGUUCUAUAAUGUAAUCUCUCAAACCUUCGGACAAUCCAAAUAUUUAUGUCGGAACUAUUGACCAAUUUUCAGUGCUGCGUGGCAAAACCCUAAAUCCUUUUAGUAAUAUCAUUAUUUCUUUGAGUUGAAAGGCUUUACGGGAAAGAAGAGAUGGAAUUAUCAGAUCCUAUGUGAAGGUGUGAGUCCAUUGUAAGAUCAACUCCGGUUUUAGAUGUCACAAGAUUUUCUGUGUCUAUGCCUAAUGUUUGAAGUUAUGUGUUUCUAGAUGUGACAAUGUCUCAUAUAGAAGAAUGUUAUCUAGUUUUGUGUCACAUGUACUUAUUGUACAAUGAUUGAGGCGAUAUUAUGGAAUUUUUAAUUUACGUGAUAACUAAUUUUUAAUGAUUUUAUAAUUAUUUUCUGGCCAAAUGCAAAUGAUUUUUUGACGAGUUACGAUUAUCCUGUCUGUUCUCCUUCAAAGUAUAAUAACGCAUAGAUUAAUCAUCACUGUUAUGGAAUGGGGCAUUCUCUGAAUCUAGGAUUAGUAAUCAUUGAUAUUUUUAUCUAUCAUCGGUAAUUACUUCUUAUUUUUGCUCUAAUGUUUUAUCUUUCACCUGUUAGAGGUAUAAUUAAUUUUCUCAAUUCAUUUAUAAAUACUUAUCCCUGACAGGGCGGUGCAGGUACAUGGAGUGACGGAAAGCUUGUAACUAGAAUUGGAAGAAAUAAUGACAGCGUCCAAUCUGUGAGAACUAAAAUCAUAUCAACCCAUUUCCUUUUUUCUUAGAAUUCGGUUUUUCUCCCAUAUCUUCAAAGGUUUUGUUAGUUAAAUGCAGUUGUAUUUAUCAUGCACUGCUGAUAAUGACCACUUGACAUAUCUCAUACUUCUCACGUGUGAAAUUUCUUUCAUGUAGUUCAAGUGUUUUCUUCCUGUCUGUGUUUUUUCAUGCAAUGUUGACCUAGACCUACUGUGUUUACCAAAAUAAUAAAAAAAUUGGUUGGGCUCAGAUUGUCUGAAACUCUGAAUACCAGUUUCAAGUUUUGAGUAGUUGGUGGGAUAUUCCUCCCCAUUGCUACAACAAUGAUAUGACACUAUCAGUAUCAUUUGUGGGCUUGAACAUGCCAUUGAGAUAAAAAAGCUUUCUCAUGGAGUUCAACAUCAGGUUCAAUCCAGUAGCAGACUAAAAAUCUGCCGGAAUCCCCAUUUAAGUAUACAAAAGAUUUGCGACGUUGUAGCAUGUCUGCUGCCUGCGAGCAUAAGCAGAGGAAGAAAAGGAUGGAAAAAGUAUGACCCCAGCUAUUACAAGAUCCGAUUACAAAACAGGGCACCCAAUAUAUUGCCGGAAAGGUUUGGUCUGAAGUAUCUCGACACAAAGACUUCCCACAUGUUACAGAGGGCAUAUUUUAUUGCAGUAUUCAGACAAGUUGCUCUCCAUAUGUGAGGGAUAAGGAGUCAUUGGAGUAUUUAUUUAUUAGAUCUGCGUUAUCAUACAAGAGCGUUUGCUGAAAUUACUGUAUAAAAUAGAUCUUAUGUGCCAUCACCCUGGUUUGGAAUUUUUUUGGAAUGGAAGGACAGGUAGAAGGUCGGUGAGUGGAGAGUGUCGUUUGUCUACGUGUAAAAUAACGGCAUAGUGGACCAAGAUGUUGCGGGAUGAGGGAGUGGUUCCUUCAUUUUGAAAGGACAUAUUUUUUAAUCUCUUCUUGAUGAUUUUGGUUGCGGCCUAUAAAAUAUUAUAUGCUGGUUUUUAAGACUGCAUGGAUACUAUUCGUGCAUGUUUAUUUGUCACUUUGAAUUUUGAUGAAUUCAUGGUAAUAUCCACAUUGAAAGAAACAAAAUAAAUAGAGGAGAGUCAAAAGAGUAGAAGGCAAAUUCCUUUCUUCUUAUACUGACCACAGUUUCUAGUUUCCCAUUCUUGGCAAUUAGGAACUGAUUGCCUAAAAUAUUUCUGCCGACGUUUCCUACCAUGAUGUUGGGCUUGAUGCUUAGACUGCAUGUGAGCAGUCAGUAAACGUAGAAUGUCGUUAUGGAACAUGUCCAGCAUGAAAUCAAGCAAGUAUCAACUGUAAUGAUGACCUAAAAUAGAUAUUAUGAUGAAACAUGUUUGUUUACUGUGAUUUUUAUACGCAAGGAAGAAGUUUUAUACUAUGCGUGCUUUUUAAGGGGGAUGUGGUCGUAGUUCAUGAAGAUGUUCUCUUGUGCAUCUUGCAUUUCUUAGCAAACAUAUUAUUAAUUUUAGUUUCUUUGGCAAAUGUUACGGUCAAACAGAUGUUAUCAACUAAUCUUUUCCUUAUAGGUAAUGAAAACUUUGGUUCACUUUGGAGCUUCUCCAAAGAUCCUGGUUGAUGGAAAGCCUCAUCUUGGAACAGAUAGGUUGGUUCCAUUAGUACGCAACUUCAGACGACAUCUACAGGGAUUGGGUGUGAGUGAUUAAGUCAUGUAAAUAGCUAUAUUUCUUGAAUUAUUGUUUUGUUUACUAUGUAACAAACAAUAUCUGUUUAUUGGACCUUAUAGGUUGAUGUCAAGUUUGGAACCCGUUUAGAUGAACUCAUUGUAGAAAAUGGGAGGGUUACGGGGGUUUGCAUUUCGGAUGCAAGGUUUGAAUCUGAGUUCAGAAGCCAGAGGUUGCCUUAUGAUGCUGUUGUUCUAGCUGUUGGGCAUUCUGCACGGGAUGUAUAUCAGAUGCUUCACCAGAACAACGUUGAUUUGGUCCCCAAAGAUUUUGCUGUACGUAAGAAAAACAUAUCGAUCGUUUUUUGGAGUAGUUUCUUCUGGCUUUAACUUUGUUAUCUAUCUGUCUAUAAAUUGAUAACUAUCUGUUCCAUUCUAGUUAUAACUGCCUUAUUUUGCUGCUGUGGGGGGAGUACCAAAAAUCUGUUUUCAAAAUUGCCUUGAGGUUUUUGGCGUUGUGAUAGGUAUAAAUUCGUGAUCAAAAUAGACAUCCAGGAUGAAAAGUAGAUAUUCGUGCCUGUUAAAAUCAGACUAUUUGGACACAGUUUUGCCUUUAUAUGACUUGCAGUUUAUGAUUAAAAUAAUCUUAAUAAUUAUUAACUUUAAGGUAGUUUAUUACGCCAGUAAUGAGCCGGUUCACCCAAAUGCUAUGAUUCUGCAAGUUAGAAAGUGUGGCUAAUGAUUGGAUGAGGUGAAUCCAGUUUGUGAUUCUCUGUGGCCUGUGUAGGCAAUACCAAGUGCGUCUGUCGUCUCAUCCAGUCCUCAUUCUGAAUUUGGGCCAUCUUGUGUUUUAAUUGGGACUUUUACUUUUGCGAAUUUCCAGUAGCUAGGAUAAAAGGUGAGUGGGUGCAUUCCGGCUUUUGGGGCUGCCUGUCUGCUAUUACAGCACAGUUUUGAUGUUUGUACGUCUCUCUGAGUUUCAAACGUCGGUAUGUUCUCUGAACAUAUCAUGUCCUUUGGAUCAUAGACUUAUGUAGGUGAGCGAGCCAAAGCAUGACUUAUCCACCUGGAUUCUUGGAGUGAAUUGUUUACUCGUUCUUUCUCCGUGCCUAACCGUACCAUCCCUUUGGAGUUGUGCCGUUUGUUUGAUUUGUAUAAUGAGUAUUUUAUUUUAAUUUUUAAUUCUUGGAUUUUUCUUUCAAAACUCGACGCAUUUACAAAAAUUAGAAAAUAUAUAUGUGCUAUACUGAUCCACAUUUGACAUACUUGAACAGGUCGGGUUAAGAAUUGAGCAUCCUCAGGCACUGAUAGACAGUAUACAGGUACGCCCUCACAUUACUUCUCAAGUGGAAUUCUUUUCACUGAUCACCUUUGUAAACGACACAAAAGUCUGUGUUUUUUGUCUGAGGGGACAGAAAAAUCGCAAAUAUAGAACCUUUUUCUGUGGUUCACUGAUACUUCGUCUUGUAUCUAUUUUUCGAGCAAUUUUUCGGUAUGUGAAACAUAUAAAUAACCCACGCGUAGCAUCAAAUUGUCUGCCUGUUACUUUAAUAUUUUCUCAUUUAUUUUUUUGGAUCCAAAUCGAUCAGAUCAUUUAGCCGUUUUUCUCCCAUUUGGGUGGGGGAAAUAUGAUUUCGACCGAUAAUACCGUGGACAGAACAUGACGUGGCUACUAUAAUGUCCCUUAACUGGCAUCGUUUCAUGUUCACAUGCGGCUGUACCUGAAGAUCAAAACCAAGUUUCCAAUGCAUUUUUCUUAAAUUUCAUCUUGCUUUCUGCUUUUAUAACUGGUUGGAUGGUGACGUUUUGUCACAUAAAAUCCAGUAUUCUGCAUUGGCCAGCGAGGUUUGUAAUGGCCGUGGAAGAGUACCUGUCGCAGACUACAGGGUCGUGAAGUACGUGAGUGAAGAUGGGGCCAACACCAGUGGAAGGGAGCUAGGCCACAGUUGCUACUCCUUCUGCAUGUGUCCUGGUGGGCAGGUACUUCUCCUCACUGCAGUUUGCUCCCCCCCCCCCCCCUCUUUCAGAAAGGUAGAAUGCAGAACAGCAAUUGCCCUCUGUCUUCAGGUGGUCCUUACAAGCACCAAUCCGUCUGAAAUCUGUAUCAAUGGCAUGUCCUUCUCUCGGCGGGCAUCCAGAUGGGCAAACGCCGCACUUGUCGUCACCAUCUCUUCAAAGGACUUUGUUGAUCUUCAUCAUCUCGGGCCUCUUGCUGGUGUUGAGUUUCAGGUGAUUCCUUGACAGAUGGUGGACCUCCUCCAUCUUUUAUUAUUACUAUUACUAUUAUUAUUAUUAUUACUAUUAUUAUUAUUAUUAUUUAUAUUAUAAUUAUAUUCCAUGUGUAAAAUCCGAGUACAUGUCAUUUGGAUAUUCCAUCGUUGGUUGUUAUUAUUUCUUGUGGAUCAUAGCCGUAUCUGGUAAGAUAUAUCUUCAGCUGGCAGGUGUUUCACAUUGUUUCUAGGUGAGUUAUUAAUUUUCCAAGAUUACUAGUUUAAUAUAUACUCAUAGGUGUAGAACCGUUUAAAAACAUGAUCUUUAUUAAUAAAAACAACUUUAUCUCCAAAAAUAUGUGACAGAUAUCUGUGUGGGAGUAGUCAUUGGAAAGCUGAGUCAAAGAAGAAUCUAGAGCUAUAAAUCGUUCGAAAAAACUCCAAAAUUUGUGAAUUUUCAUUAUUUUUCUGUAUUUUUUAGGAUCUGUAAAUAGCUCAUUAAGACCCAAGUAGAGUAGCACGAUUUCUUACGGUUCAUAAUAUCUUUUAUCUAUUUAUAGUAACUCAGGGACGCUUUCGCAUUAUUCUCGAGUGACUGGGCUUUCUCUCUCUGCCAAAAACUCUGCACCAGAGAGAACACCAAAGGGACUCAAAGAGGAAUCCAGAGCUAUAAAUCGUUCGAAAAAACUCCAAAAAUUGUGAAUUUUCAUUAUUUUUCUGUAUUUUCAGGAUCUGCAUAUAGCUCAUUAAGACCCAAGUAGCGCAGCACAAUUUCUUACGGUUCAUAAGAUUUUUUAUCUAUGUAUAGUAAUCUAUGGAAGCUUUCUCAUUAUUCUCGAAUGGCUAAACUUUCUUUCUCUUCCCAAAAACUCUGCAUCAGAGGGAACACGAAAGGGAAUCAAAGAGGAAUCCACAGCCAUAUAUCGUUCCGAAAAAUUCCAAGUAUCAAGAGAGUUGUGAAUUUUUCAUUACUUUUCAGGAUCUAUAAAUAUCUCAUCAAGGCCCAAGUAGAGCAACAGAAUUUCUUUCGGUUCAUAAGAUUUGUUAUCUAUUUAUAGUAACCCAUGGAAGCUUUCUCAUUAUUUCUCGAGUGACUGACCUUUCUCUCUCUUCCCAAAAACUCUGCAUCAGAGAGAAUACGAGAGGCGGGCUGCCGCAAUGGGCGGCGGGAAUUUCGUUGUCCCAGCUCAGACCGUCACAGACUUCCUUGGUAACAAGCUAUCAGGUAUCUGACCUCUCAGCGAGACUCUCUGGAUGCUCUUCUUCUUGCUCCGGCUCCUAACGCCGGAGUCCGCCCCGUCUACCAGUGACAUCUCUCCCUCCUUCGAGCUACCGGAUGGGAGUGAAGGCAUCUAAGCUCCAUGAGCUCUACCCCGCUCGCAUCACGCAGGCGUUGCAGAGUUCUCUUCACAUGUUCGACAAAGAGGUUUGACUUCACCCAGUUGACUCCGGCGAGUUUUCCACAUCGUUUCGUUGACCAAACCCACCUGGCUUCUGAAAAAAAUGCAGCUUCCAGGGUUCAUCUCCAAGGACGGUCUUCUUCACGGCGUUGAGGUGACUUCCCCAGACCCGUUGACCUUGAUUCUUUUCCAAAUUUAGCAAGAAAUAUUACCUUGGUUGUGACUCUGACUUUGUGUCUGUUUCAGACAAGAACGAGUGCCCCUGUUCAGAUCACCCGCCACGCGGACACCUUUGAGAGCACGUCGCUGCAAGGGCUUUACCCGAUCGGGGAAGGCGCGGGGUAUGCCGGCGGGAUUGUCAGCGCCGCCGUUGACGGCAUGUACUGCGGGUUCGCUCUGGCCAAAACCCUGAACCUGUUUUCUGGCGACGUUGACUCGGUCUUCGGGAAAGGUCAGCGAAGCUCUGGACUCACCAAGUACUGA